AUGACAACACUUGUAGAUUUAACAAAUCAACUGAACGAUAAACUCGAUGAACAACACGAACAAAUAGGUAGAAUUGAAAACAAUAUCGAUGAUGCUCACAAGGAAAUGGUUGCUGGUAAUGCAGACUUGGCAGAAGCAAAUGAGCACCAGAAGUCCGCCUCAAAGUGUUUGUAUAUUAUUAUAUUCGGUAUCAUUGGUGGUCUCAUCCUAAUCGCUGUUGUUGUUAUCAUCAUUAUGAAAGUUGUCUUGAAAAAGUUCUAA